UUCAUUAUUAUCAUCAUUAAGUCAAACAUGACAGUUUAUGAAUUAUUGUGUCUCCUGACACUGUUCGGGAGCUAUACCGAUGGAUUUCCUAGUAGGUACUCGGAGCGACUGCGCUUGUGGCAACAAGAGUUGCGCAUCAUAGGCGGCAACCCCGCCGAUAUAAGGGACUACCCUUAUCAAGUGUUGCUGAUAAUCGGGGGUAAACCGAGCUGCGGGGGUUCCAUUAUUCGAGAGGAUUUUGUUUUGACCGCGGCCCAUUGUAUUUACGAUGUCACCCCGGACCAAAUUCAAAUAAGGGCGGGAACGUCCGAUCGAACAACCGGUGGUCAACUGGUCAACGUCCAAAGCAUCAAGUACCCAGAGGACAGUUUUAACAUUGACACUUUCGAUUACGACGUUGCCAUCUUGCAACUCGAUUCCCCAUUAAUAUUUAACGAGGAGGUGGCAGCGGUUGCGCUUCCAGACCCGGACUACGACGUUAUCCAGGGCGAAUACGCUGUUGCAACCGGUUGGGGACAAACCGAUCCCGACGAUGAAACUUUACCAAACAUUUUACAGUCGGUUGAGUUGCCAGAGAUACCCACGGAAGUUUGCACCAACUACUACGGAUCGCUGAUUUCCUCCAGGAUGUUCUGUGCGGGAUACGAGGAGGGCGGCAAGGAUACUUGCUUGGGCGAUUCCGGAGGGCCUUUGGUGGUCAAUCGGCUGCUGAUAGGCAUCACGUCUUGGGGCGGUGACAGGUGCGCUCAAUCGGGCUAUCCAGGAGUCUUCACUAAAGUCGCCUAUUUUCGGGACUACAUAGACGAUGUGCUCACUCAAGGCCACAGCAAGAACAUAAAACAUCAAAAAAACCUGUUAACCAAUAAAGUCUUUUAAAAUA